AGCAGCGACCUCUACAAGGGGAUUCUAUAUUUGCUUGGAAAUGGUGGCGUAUAUGCUCAUUUGGAUAUGCGCUUGUAAAGUGCCAAUUGUUUUACCCCUUAUUUAUUUCGGCCCCGAUAUCCGUUGUGGCCCUUACGAUUAGACAACCACAAACAACUUUUCGAACACCACUGUGAUCAACGAUGAGCUUUUCAGUAUAGGAUCUAUCUCCACGGACUUUUAACCUGUCGUCGAAUACUAGUAGCUAUGGUAUACACCCCAUAGCACUGGCAGCACAGUCCUUUUUACAGAAUUCCCAAAUCUAGCUUAGUCUCAUGAUCGCCAGUAGCCUCAUGGGUCAAUCCCCUGAGGCCAACCCUUCCCAGCGUAUGAGCGCUGUGAUUCAGUUCAGUCUGGUGCUCUGGGCUGUAUAGUGCCACUUGUUUCCGGCUUUCAUACGCCUGUUCACACUCCCGUCGACAUGUUAUCCUCUCAGCAUUGGUACGGCGGUUACUAGCUGCAUUCCGUGCACAGAAGACAACCCGCGGGCACAAAGUUAUGAUCGAUGGCAAAUGCAUUCAUUGGUACGAUGACUCCACCCGCAAAUAUCAGCCACAAACAUGCUUUAGGGGCAGCGGUUAUAGCGGCACAUCGGUUUAUGACUGUACCCAUGUUAGUCGGGUGUUGUCCGUCUGUCCGGUUAACUCUUUGUAGCGCUUGUAGAAGUACAUCACAUGCGGCCCUCGCGCUGGUGGCCAGGGAAAUUCACCUCUUGCAUGAAGAAGCUGCACGAUGAUCCGGUUUCAAAUUGAAGUCCUGAGUCAGUCCUUAUCAAUCUGGUCGCCGUUUCUGAUCAAGUCCCGGAACUUAUUUGUGCCAUCGCGCACUUGGUGCAAGUCUUUAUACCUACACACUGUUAUCGUGAUUGCCGCAACACAUGUGUGUGUACUCGCCUGGUUAUGUACUUGCUAUGUGGCCCUCUGAUUUCUAGAUAUCGUCUCUCUUGGAGUCCGUUUAGACAUCUCAUAUCAGGCUAUAUCAGGUUUGUCUGUGAUGUUUCCCUCAGACUUUUUCAUUUGCCGCUGCCCUUGAAGCAGUACGACUGCGCUGCAAUAUUAAUAUUUGUAGUUUUGGGCGUCAAUUCAUCCCAAUCUAUCCAUUUUUUCCCUUUCUGCUGCAAGUGCUCUUAUUUUAUUCUCUUUUCCAGGAACUGUUGAUUUUGCGAUACAGAUAACAGAUUCUCACCCCGAAUAUCUUUCUACACUAUGAAGUACUGCGGCCUUUUGCUAGUCCACAUUUUUUUGUCAAAUGCUAGCUGUACUUUCCAAAGUUAGAUAUCGGUCAUGCAACUUACACGUUGGCUUU